AUGGGAGCAAGAGUAAUGCACGCAAAGUAUCGUGGGCGUUUCCUUUCACUUCUCUCGAAGUGCUUGACUCGGAACGAGCUGUUGCCUGCGCAUAUUGUGGCUGCAUUUUCGAAGAGACUCUGUCGUUCAGUGAUAAGUUCCCCGCCUUCGACGGGGCUCUUCGUGCUGGCUUUGGUGUCCAAUCUUCUUCGAAAACAUUCAGAAUGUAGGUUCUUGAUCCAAAGAAGUGAUGAUGGGGAAAUUGAAGAUGCCUUUGUAACAUCAUCCGCAGAUCCAAUAGAAACGCAUGCGCUCAAAACUUCGUUGUGGGAGGUGGUGGCUUUAGAAAAACACUACUUCUCGUCAAUUGGGGUCCUUGCGAAGUCUUUAGGUACCAUCGAAGAAUCAAAGCUUCCUCUACAUCAAAUUGAGGAGUUUUCGGAUCACACGUAUGAGUCUUUGUUUGAAAUGGAAAGGAAAAAACGAAAAGAAACUGCUCUCGCAUUCGUAGAACCGCAAUCUUUGUUGACAGACAACGACGUUUUUUCCACUUUUCUAACCACAAACAAGUGA